GGAUUUUCUAGAUUGUACUACGAUGUGGCGAACGCAAAGUUGACUUCCUGCAUGGAGAAAUUCGACUAAUCUCUUCCAUUCGUAAAUGGGAGAAAAAAGCGUAAAUGCCUGCGUGGCGUUGAUCCUCGCUCGUUACUUGAAUGCGCUGCAGUUCAUCAAGAUCGAUGAGGUCUUACUCGAUCUGUUUCUCAAAAAGAUCGUCACCUACACUGAGUACUUGGAAGUCAUCAACAGGAAGUCGGAGGAAAAGUUCCUGUUCCUCCUGAAGUGCUUGCCUCAAAGCGGUGAUGGUGCCUUCUCCAUUUUUGUUGAGGUCUUGCGGAAUAAGAAUCACAUCGACCUUGCCAAUAAUUUGGAAAGAGAAUUGAAGCAGGCGUUAAAAGAAGAUGAGGAUGCCAAGGCCACACCAGCUUCCGAUUCCCACCAACUUCCCACACCAACUUCAGUUAGCAAGAAGCGUUUGGGUGAGCAAAACGCUGAUGGAACCCCUCCAUCGGAGAAGAGAACAUGUCUACAGGCGGACGUUGCAUUUCAGGGCAUCCAAGAACCGCAUGUAGUUUGCGUGGAGUCCGUAUCUCUAUCCGCUGCAACUGCCUGCGACGGACAGGUCCACACACGAGCAGAGUCGAAUUGUCAGUGUGGUAACCAUUUUGAAGAAGUCGCAUCUCCAACAGAAUGCCAGCGUAUUGACGGAUUUGACAUCCGUGAGAACCUCAAGACUGUUCCAGUAGUUUCUGACAGGGAAAACAUCCUGCUUAUUCAGACGGGCCCCAUAGAGAUCCGUGCAUUCUGCUCAGAAAAAGGAAAGGCCGCGCUGAUUCGGGACGGAGCCCCAAACCACACGGCUGGUUUUCGUUCUCUGCCUUCGAAGAGACUAGGGCUAGGUCUAGAAGAAGUUCCGAAGGAACUGUCCAUGCCUCCGCUCCCUAAACGCCAGUGA